GUUGCAGUAGAUGACAAGAGACAUGUAUGAGUCUGAAGUGAGAGCGCGCCACAAUCUGUCAGGGGGCUGAACCUUUCACUGUAUGUGGGGGCCGACCAAAAAGUGCCUUUGAGCGACAACCUUUUUCCUUCUGCAUACAAGAACGCGAAGUUCUGUUUGGCAGAAGUAUCGCCGCAGUUUCGCAUGAAGUUUUUCGUUCAGUGUUUUGGUCAGCUGACGUCUGGGUGACUGUUCGCGUAGGAUGCAAACUUCACCGACCGCUGUAUCCCUAGCCUAGCAAACAGACUCGUGACAGAAAGUAGCACAGCUAGCCAGUCUGAGCAACAAACAUGGCGGAGGAGGGCCAGCCUGAAUCACAGCAGAAACCGGAAAACAAGAUCGAAGAAACGCGACAACGGUUUAAGAAUGAAUAUGUACAGGAUUCAUCAGACAAAUAUGAUCCCAGAGAUGUGGACCGACUCAUGAAAGAUGACAGUGUGGUUGAAGGUUAUCUGACAUGGAGGCAGGAUGUUGUGGAAGAUGCACUGAAAAUGAUUGAUGAAAGUUUUCAGUGGCGAAAAGAGUAUACCCUCAAUGACCUCACCGAAAGCAGUAUUCCAAAGUGGAUGUUUGAGACUGGUGCUGUUUUCCUCCAUGGCUACGACAAAGAGGGAAACAAACUGUUCUGGUUCAAGGUGAAGCUCCAUGCGAAAGAUGCCAAGACCUUUCAGGACAAGAAGAAGUAUGUGGCAUUCUGGCUGGAGCGCUAUGCCAAGCGGGAGCCAGGGAUGCCUCUCACGGUGGUCUUUGACAUGACUGAGUCCGGCAUCAGCAACAUUGACAUGGAGUUUGUGAAAUAUAUCAUAAAUUGCUUCAAAGUAUACUACCCCAAAUUCCUCUCCAAGAUGAUCAUGUAUGAGAUGCCUUGGAUCAUGAAUGCUGCUUGGAAGAUUGUGAAGACAUGGCUGGGGCCUGAGGCAAUCAGCAAACUGAAGUUUGUAUCGAAAAGUGAUAUCCAGGGCUUCAUUGACCCAGAAAACCUCCCGCCACACAUGGGAGGAACGGACUCCUUCAAGUACACCUACCCCCCGCUGCCUGACGACGACUUCCAGUCUCCCGUCUGUGAGAACGGGCCGAUCGUCAGCGAGGAUGAGAGCGAGUGCAAAGACGCAGAGGUGGACUGCAAGGAGAGCUUGGAAUCCAGCUUCAGCUCCGAGGUGGCCACCAAGCCCAGAAAGGUGAACUUCUCGGAAGACGUCCUGAAGCCAGAUGACUUGGACAAAAGCGAAAGCGGUGGGAGAACCAAAGGGGUGAGGAGGCCGCUGACCACCUUCAAGGGCACACUGCUACAUAUCAGCCCUGCAGAAGAACUGAGCUUUGGCUCUAAAGACACAGAGAAGAAAUGCCUCAUCAUCCUCAGCAAUGUUACCAAAAACCAGGUGGCCUUCAAGGUUCGAACCACGGCCCCAGAGAAGUACAGGGUGAAGCCCAGCAACAGCAGCUGUGAACCGGGGGCCUCCAUGGACAUCGUGGUGUCCCUGCAUGGAGGCUUCCAGGCGUCACCACAAGACCGCUUCCUUGUCAUGGCUGCUGAGAUGGAGCAGAGCCCUGGCAACGCUCCCACGGAGCUCGCCCAGUUCUGGAAGGAGGUCCCCAAAGCCAAGGUCAUGGAGCACAGAUUACGCUGUCUGGUUCUGGAGAGUGCUACUAAGCCCACCUCAAUCCUCAGCACAGGAAGUGAAAACCCACUGGCACCAGGCACCAACGGACAUCAGGAUCUUCACACUACGCUUGUACGGGUCAUGGCGAUUAACUCCCGGCUUGAGCAGAAGCUGGACUCGUGUCUUUGGAUCCAGAAGGUUCUGACGGCCCUGGUGUCCUUCCUCAUGCUCUUUAGCUUCUCCACCAUGUACCUAAUGUGGACCUCCACCUCGUAACCCACUCCCACUCCCACUCCCCCUUAUCUGACCUACUCAUAGAAUUUCCUUUGGCCACUCUUGGACCAGAGUUAACUUCUUAUGAAAACUGUGACCAAAAUGAAUGACAGUAACACGUAACACUCUCUCUCUCUCUCUCUCCAUUUACGGAGUCUGUGGACGUGGAAAACGUGCAGGCUAUUGCCAGUCAACGCUGCAAAAAAACAAAGUUUGCUUCAGACGUCAUUUUUGCCAGUCAAUUCCUUGGUAAUCAUGUGGUGCAGAACAGGAGCUGGUCUCUCAGAGGACAAUAGAGGCUUUGAGAUGAACUAAUGUGUAAGAGUCUGACCAUGUGGUUUAAAAGUGUAGGUAUUUUUUAUUACUCAUCAUGAUCAAAUACUUAUAAUUUAUAAUAGAUGUUGUAUAGAGAAUUUAGAAAAAAGACAUUUGAUUAUGUGUACAGUAUUAAAUGUUAAUAUACAAUGUAUAUGCAACAUAAAUAAAAAUGAAACGGUUUUGGUA